CAAAGAAGAAGCGAGAAAGAAUCAGACUCGGACCAUUCCUAACUUUUCCUUCCCACUAAGUGCGGUGUCAGUGGAGUUAGUUUUGCAAAUCAUUUGCACGGAAAGCAAAAUUCGGUACACUUCCAUUGGGCUGACGGAUUGUUGAAAUAUUUAGGUGCUUAACUAGUGCACCGUCUUUUGUCAAUCGUGUGAAAAACCGACAUCUGGCCUUCCGGCGUUUAACAAACUUCCCUCACUGCACUUGUCGUUGCUGAUCGUUGUGUAGCGAAACAACAGAGCACGUACAAUUGGAGAGUAGAUCUAGUUUGCUCGCCGCAGUCGUUCAUUUGCUGUUUCAAUUCCCAUACACUUCAGCGUGUACACAGGAGAAACACAGUUUGCUUGGACGUUAAAGUGUUGUGCAAAAGCCAUUUGUAACCAUCAUGCAGCUGCUUUCCGGACUGGUGAAAACAACCGUUCCCAACUAUUUGUCUGGUUUGCCAAUACCGGACACUUUCGGAGGAUGGUUCCGACUAGGAUUUAAGGAUUGGCUGUCGCUCGUACCACCGACAGCGGCCGUGGCUGGAGUCGUGUAUAUGUCGUACUUGGCCUUCUGCCCCGAAGCCCGUCCGAAACCCUCGCAAAAGGCAAACAACAAGAUUCGAUUGGAGGAAGCAAAGGUUGUAGACAUGAUCGAUAUUGAGGAUAUUGCCGAAAAAGCAGCCUUCUGUCGAUGCUGGAAAUCGAACAACUGGCCGUACUGCGAUGGAUCACAUGGUGCCCAUAACAAGGAAUGUGGCGACAACCUCGGUCCGGUGGUAGUUCAACGGAAGAAGAACUAAUUUUCAGCAAAAAGUGCAUCAUCGCUCGCCAGCUCCAUCGUCCGGCGAUUUGGCAUAUACCAGUGUUACUUUUCAUGUUCAAUUCAUCCGUUCAAGUCCCUUCCAUUUAAUCGAAACGUGCUGCCCUCAACGGUCUCAAAUAAAUUGAGCAUAUAGAAGUGCAUUUUAGUGGGAAAUUGAUGCAAUCAAUUGUAGCUUCUAUAGAAAAUUGAGUUCGAAACAGCUAAUACCUGUUGUUACAAGUAACGUUUCACAAGUUAAUAAAAAGUAGGUACCGGGUUUCAAAAAUCUCCAA